ACACAGGCAAUAAAUUAUUGUCUUUUCUAACUUUAAUAAAGGGUUUUUGUUUGGAGUGAGAAGAUCGAUUCAGGAAGAACAAACAAAGGCUAUAAACAGUGGGAAAUAUUUAGAAUACAAGAGAAAUAAGAUCAAAGUUCUCUGCAUGGGAGUUCUUGAAUUUAGACAGCAAAAAUGGGAACCAAUAAAAUGAUACUUCUCUUCUUCUUGGCCUUCUACUUUUCAUGUGGUUUUUAUCAAGCCAGGAUUUUGCCCUCUGAUAACGAAGAAGUAAUAGUAGCUGAACAACUUAAUAAUAAUCAUAAUGUUGAUGGAGAGACAACUAUAGCUGUUAACAACAAAUAUGGCCAUGUUGGUGGUGGCAGAGGAAAUGGAGGGGAAGUAAAUGGCGAUGGAUCUCGAUCUCCUUCGAAUCAAGGAUCAAAUUUCAUACCAGUUUAUGCUGCAAAUGCUCACCACAAUCGCCAUCACGGUGCUGCAAGCAGCCACAAAAGCCACAAUCAACAUCUAGUCUUAUUCGCUACAAUGUUCUUCGCUUGCCUUUGUAUUUAAAGACCACGAGCAAAUCGCAUAACACAUUACAAUAAGGUCGUUCUGGAUUCCUGACUCGUCUCAUUCUGAGCCUUUGGCAUGUUUGACAUCGAGCUUUGACCCUUGUCUUGAUCUACUUAGGUUAUAAUUGUGCUUUUGUUGUACAUGAAAAAGGUUGAAAACCAUGUUGACCUGUCUAGUGAUUGUUGUGUACUCUGUUUUUGCUUAGUCUUUGAUUAGGCCGCGGAGAUGAAUUUGUUAGGAUGUGCUUUUUAUGUCUUUUA